AUGUUCACCUAUUCUCUCCUUGCCAUACUCCCUAUCCUCGGACUCGCCUCAGCAUCCGUUGUUCCUCGAGCAUUUACCGGUACCAUCCACCCUGCCAGCAACAGCAAACUUUGUAUCGCUGCUUCAAGCGCGACCACCGGUGCCAGUGUAGGCUUCGAGGCAUGCGGUUCGAACCCUUCUCUCGAAACUUUCAACGUCACCUCAUCUUCUACUUGGGAUAGGGUUGAAAUCGCCCUCAAAUCUGAUCUGUCUCUCUGCUUGGAUGGAGGUAAUAGAGCUCAGAGCGGAGGUGUGUUGACUCUGGGCACCUGCGGUGCUAACAGCGACGGUCAACUGAUCAGCAAAUCCACCGAUGGGUUCCUUUCUUUCCAAAAUGCGUACUGCUUCCACAAGAAGAGUGACUCUGAGUUGGAUAUCCAAACUUGUUGGACAAUGGAUGAUCCCCUUAAAUUCACCGUAUCCUAA